UGAUGUUAGACCAGUACCUGGCCGGCACCCUUUUGUUGGAAAUCCAAAGGAUUUAAUGCAAAUGUUGGAGCCAUCAGAGGGUCCAGUUCAAUCUGAUGAUAACCAUAGAGUUAAUGGUUCAAAAUCCAUGAAUUCAACAAAAACCAAAGAGGGAAGAAGUCCAAGGCAGAAGAUUGUUAUUAAAGAGGAAAAAGCUGCUGUUUCAUCCAGGUACAUGCGGGGAGUUAGAAGUCCUAAGUCAAAUGUGAAUGUGCAAGAUACUGAUGAAGAAAGAAAAGGAAAUGAUUUUGAGAGUGGUGUUGAAUGUAAGAAGGUGGGAUCUGCAAAAAUAAAACUGCAAAAAUUACAGUUACUUUCAGUGUCCACAACUCGUAGUCUAUUACUUGAAACACCUUCACCAAAGCAAAGGGUUGCUCAAUCUAACAUUCAAGAGGCUGUCAUGUCACCUUCUAAGCGCAUAUCUACAAAACGAAAUUCUACAAAACACGAAACUACGAACAUGAAUGUUUUGUCCAGCAGUGAAGAUAAAAGUUAUAUCACAGAGGCAAUUCCAUGGUCCUCUUUACCAGCCAACCUUCUAAGGCCUGGAAAGGAAUUGCUUAGAAGGAAACAUCUAGCCUCGCUGGUUGUUUUAGAAGCUCAAAAAGAAGUUACUGCUACUGCAAUCCUUGUCAAGUUCCUAAGUAUGUUUGGCAACAUCUGCUGUUCGGCUGCAUCAGAGAACCCCCAUAUCACACUGAACAAGUUUUUUUCCUUCCAAGAACUCGUGAACCAGUCAAAUGGUACAAGUACAACCCCACAAUCACUUCAGCUACAUAAAACUUCUUCUCCUGCAGAAAUGGGCAAAUCUGAGAAGAAAUCAGUUCUAAUGGCUGGUAAAAGUUCAUCAAAGUCUCCAAAAUACUCACCUGAAUUAUCCAUUAAUGAGAAACAAGAAUGGACCAAAGGAAAUUGUCUAGAAGAGAUAAAUCAGCUGAGAGAAGUUCUUUUGAUUGAAACAAGAUCAUGGUUUCUGAAAUACUUGGAAAAGACAUUGGACAUGUGGCUUUCAACAAGCUCCCAACAGAAGAGGGGAAAGAUGAGUAAGGACACUGUAGGGAAACAAAUGGAACAUGCCAAUCAUAUAGCUCUCACGUUGUCACACCUUAAGCAAGCAAAUGAAUGGUUGGAAAAGCUGAGAAGCACUUUAGAGCAUGAAGAGCUGGUGGAAACUGUUGACAGAUUGAAACAAAAAGUUUAUUCUUGUUUGCUCCUACAUGUUGACUCUGCUGCAUUUGCUUUGGAAAACCGUGCUUGAUUCUAGGAUAAUGACAUGUUUUCAAGCAAUAUAUUCUAUUUAAUGAUAUUUGUAAGUUAAAUUAUCUUAUUUGGUUGAUGGAAGCUGUUUUUCAAAAUUUAAUAUGAUAUGAUAUCAUAUAUGUAUACUAUUUGUGACAACAAGAAAAGGACUGGUGAAGUUAAUAAUAUUAAUUUGCUUUAUAAUGACAACAAUGAACAACCGUUGAAGGCGUUCAAAUUAAAUCUAGUUGUUAUGUGGUUUUCUGAUUGACACACAUUGUAAAGUGCAAGUGGAGCCACU